GGAGGGCAGGGCGCGCGGACCGCGCUCUCGGCCCGCAGACUCCGCGCCUGAGCCGUGCGCUGGGCACUCGCUGGCCGCCCGCGCACCCGACACACCGGGGCGCAGCGGGAGCCCGUGCGGGGCGGGCGGCCGUCCAUGCGGCGGCGCUCGGGAAGCACGCGGGGCUGAAGAGUCGGCCACUCCGGACUAGCCCAGGAGUUAGACACCACUUGAACCAGCAGGAAACUGGCGACACCUCUGAGGAGCCCGUGCCUUAGCCUGGACCCGCAGCAUCAUGGUUUCCCAUCUCACAAGCUGUUUCAGUGCCCUGGGUGCCCUCCUGCUGCUUGGUUCUCAGCUUGUCUGCCCACAGCCCUCCACUGAACACAGAAAGGUCCCACAACGGAUGGCGGUGGCUGAGGGAAUCCCAGAGGACAGUGGUGGUGGCUCUCCAGGUGUGUGGGGCUCCUGGGGCCCCUGGUCUGCCUGUUCGCGCAGCUGCAGUGGUGGUGUGAUGGAGCAGACACGGCCCUGCCUGCCCAGCUCCUACCGCGCUCGAGGAGGCUCCCGGCCCAAUGGCCCUACACUAUCCAUCACUGGCCACGUUGUGUCAGCCGUACGGACCUCAGUACCACUGCAUCGAAGCCAGGAGGACCAACGUGCCCUGGCUGGUUCCAAUGCCAGCCACCAAGGCCCCACAGUGGUGCGAGGCAGCCGACACCCACAGGCCCGAGGCCGUGAUCCCUCAGAGAGAAGGAGCAGGACCCGAGGUCCCAUCGGCCCUGGCAAGUAUGGCUAUGGGAAGGCUCCCUACAUCUUACCACUGCAGACGGAUACCGCCCAUACUCCACAGAGGCUUCGGAGACAAAGGCCUUCAUCCAGGCACUCCAGGUCCCAGGAGGCAUCUGCUUCUAAGCAGGGCUACAGGCCACCCACCCACCAGUUCUCCCACAGCAGACCUCUCUACCAGAGCGACAGUGGCCCUCGUUCUGGACUGACACCUUCUGAGGCCUCUAUCUAUCAGCUGCCCUUGACUCAUGAUCAAAGCUAUCCUGCAACUUCAAGUCUCUUCCACAGCCCGGAACUGAGUGGCAACAAUGGUGCUAGGCCCCAUGGGGCAGCUCAGGCCUUUCCCCAGCAUCUGCGAUCUACAGCAAUCUCCUGCAUCGGGGCCUAUCGCCAGUACAAACUGUGCAACACCAAUGCGUGCCCAGAAAGUGGUAGAAGUAUCCGGGAGGUACAGUGUGCAUCCUACAACAACAAGCCAUUCAUGGGCCGGUUUUAUGAAUGGGAACCGUUUGCAGAAGUAAAGGGCAAUCGGAAGUGUGAACUGAACUGCCAAGCAACAGGCUACCGCUUCUACGUACGGCAAGCUGAGAGGGUCAUUGAUGGCACACCCUGUGAUCAGAAUGGCACAGCGAUCUGUGUGUCAGGGCAGUGCAAGAGCGUUGGCUGUGACGACUUCCUGGGAUCUGACAAAGUUGUGGACAAGUGUGGGGUGUGUGGAGGUGACAACACGGGCUGCCAGGUGGUGUCAGGAGUAUUUAAGCAUGCCCUCACCAGCCUGGGCUACCACCGAGUGCUAGAGAUUCCCCAAGGAGCCACAAAAAUUAACAUCACCGAGAUGCACAAGAGCAACAACUACUUAGCCUUGCGAAGUCGCUCUGGCCGAUCUAUCAUCAAUGGGAACUGGGCAAUCGAUCGCCCUGGGAAGUACGAGGGCGGAGGCACAAUGUUCACCUACAAGCGACCCAACGAGAUCUCCAGCACCGCUGGGGAGUCCUUCUUGGCUGAAGGUCCUACUAAUGAGAUCUUGGAUGUCUAUAUGAUACACCAGCAGCCCAACCCAGGAGUCCACUAUGAGUACGUGAUCAUGGGGAACAAUGCCAUCAGCCCACAGGUGCCACCGCACCGGAGACCCGGAGAACCUUUCAAUGGGCAGUUGGAAACGGAAGACAGAGGCCAGGAGGACAGAGAAGAGAGGGAGAAGAACCAGGAGAAGGAAGACUCACACGUCGAGGCCCCUGAGGUAUUCACAUCAGAAUCCACGCAGACCUUCCCAGUCAGGCAUCCAGAGAGAUUCCCUUCCCACCGACCAGACAACUUGGUGCCCCCAGCCCCACAACCCCCCAGGCGAAGCCGAGACCACAACUGGAAGCAGCUGGGAACAACAGAAUGUUCCACCACCUGUGGGAAAGGAUCGCAGUACCCUAUCUUCCGCUGUGUGCACAGAAACACACAUGAGGAGGUUCCUGAGAGCUACUGUGACUCCAGCAUGAAGCCGACCCCAGAGGAGGAGCCCUGCAACCUCUUCCCCUGCCCAGCCUUCUGGGACAUUGGGGAGUGGUCCGAGUGCAGCAAGACCUGCGGCCUGGGCAUGCAGCACCGCCAGGUCCUGUGCCGCCAGGUGUAUGCCAACCGGAGCCUGACGGUGCAACCCUACCGCUGCCAGCACCUGGAGAAACCAGAAACCACCAGCACCUGCCAGCUCAAGAUCUGCAGCGAGUGGCAGAUUCGGACCGACUGGACCUCGUGCUCGGUGCCCUGUGGCGUGGGGCAGCGGACCCGAGACGUGAAGUGCGUGAGCAACAUCGGGGACGUGGUGGAUGACGAAGAGUGCAACAUGAAGCUCCGACCAAACGACAUUGAGAACUGUGACAUGGGACCCUGCGCCAAGAGCUGGUUCCUCACAGAAUGGAGCGAAAGGUGCUCAGCGGAGUGUGGGGCUGGAGUGAGGACACGUUCAGUGGUGUGCAUGACCAACCACGUCAGCAGCCUGCCGUUGGAAGGCUGUGGGAACAACAGGCCAGCGGAGGCGACCCCGUGUGACAAUGGGCCCUGCACAGGCAAGGUGGAGUGGUUCGCUGGCAGCUGGAGUCAGUGUUCCGUUGAGUGUGGCAGUGGGACACAGCAGAGGGAGGUGAUCUGUGUUAGGAAGAAUGCAGACACCUUUGAAGUGCUAGACCCUUAUGAGUGUUCCUUCCUGGAGAAGCCCCCGAGCCAGCAGGCCUGCCACCUCAAGCCUUGUGGAGCUAAGUGGUUUAGCACAGAAUGGAGCAUGUGCUCCAAGAGCUGUCAGGGCGGAUUCCGGGUGCGGGAAGUUCGGUGUCUCUCAGACGACAUGACCCCGGGCAGCCUCUGCGACCCCCAGUUGAAACCAGAAGAGAGAGAAUCUUGUAACCCUCAGGACUGUGUCCCUGAAGUUGAUGAAAACUGCAAGGACAAGUACUACAACUGCAACGUGGUAGUCCAGGCGCGCCUCUGUGUCUACAACUACUACAAGACUGCCUGCUGUGCCUCUUGCACCCGAGUGGCCAACAGACACACCAGCUUUCUGGGGAGCCGAUAACACUCCUGCCCUCCUGGGGUUACGAGCAGUGCGCCUGGUUGGUUGCUGCUCUGCCAGAGACCCCACUCUCACCUUCAUAAAGCUUGCCACAUGGUACCCAGGAUGUUGGAACGCCAUGGCUGGCCCUUUGGGCAUUGCUGUGUCCUAACAACGACCUUCCUUGGGACCUGGCGCCUGCUGAUGGUGCCUUCUGAAAAUCAAGCAUACGGCUCUCAUCCCAACUCCAGACCUGCUGUUGUCCAAGGCAGCAGUUGGACCACUGACCAAACACAGCCUUCUUCCUGGUGCUACUGGCCUGUCCAAAAUUAGAACCCCUUUGGAAAGUCAAGAGAGGGUGACACCCCAUCCUGCAGCACCAACAAACCUUGCUGAGACAUGUGUACCCCUGUUUCCUCAGCCCAGCUGUGUUGCAUCCAUUGCCAUUCUAAAAGAUAAUAGGCAGUCUCCUGCCUCAGGACAGAGGUAUCUAUGAAAAGUGUUUUCUUGUUUACCAGGUCCACACUCUUAGACAUUAGCUCACUGGAGGCUGCAGUGCCCCAGAAUGGGAGGCAGGGGGUGAAGAUGUGCUCCCACCUUACUGGAAAGGAGACUGAGGUUACUGAGCUGAUGUUAGGGGCAAGGCUAAGUGACUACCACAGAUGGCUGAGCACAGCCCUCACCCCACAGCACCUCUGGUGACCAGCCUGGGCUCUGUCCAGGACCCAUAGUCUGAAGGAUGCAUGGGCUUCCAGUCUGACCAGGAGGCUGAGAAGUUUUUCAUUCUUUGAACAGCCCAGGCUUCUGAGGACCAUCCUCUGUUCCCAAGUGCUGCCUCAAAUGAGUGCUUAGUUCUUUCAAGAUGUCUGCACCCCUAUGCCCCCUUCCCUCAGCCACAACUCCUACUGACAGGACUCUGGUGUUUGCUAAGUUCCAUUCCCAACAGAAUUGUCCCUCAAGACAAGGUAGCCACAGGGAGAACUGGCCAGUUGCCAGGGAUUCUCUGGGCCUCUCUGGAGGUGGAGCAAACUCCCAGAUCCCACAGACUGGUGUUCCAACCAUCUCUCCUGGGAUCUUCAUGGUACCACCCAGUGGAAAGCCUAGCAGGCUAUCCCAGCAACCUCAUAUUGCAAUAGACAGGGUCUUAUUUGAGCCUUGUUUCUAUCUAGUGCUCUCGCAUCCCUCCCCUCCACUGUGACUCAGGACUCUUUUUAUCCCACAAGCCUUGACCAUCAAGACUAAUUUUAAUGCUGCAGGUCUGGGAGAAGGAGCUAGGAAGCCCCCUGUAUCUCUGCUGACACACUCUGCACAACUGUAAUUCCAGAGGCCCCAGGCCUGAAGGGACUCAGUGUUUAUUGAAAGGUGAACCAUCUUGGGAUGCCAGGGACAGGGGAGAGACAAUUAAGAGAAAUAUUUUUUUUCUUCAAAAUUGUAAACUUACAGAAAUUAUCUUAUUUCGGAUUCUGGGCAUGUUUCCCUUAAAGAAAACACACACCCUUAGCACAGGGUCUCUCCGGGAGCCAGCCUGCAUUGUGACCGCUCACCGCUGUGGGGAUGGUAUAACCUGUCUGGUCCGAUGCACUCUGUCAGGAUUCCAAUGGCCUUGGCCUCCUGUGAGUACCCUCCCAGCGUUUGUCUCUGUCUGCUUUCGUCAGCCAGCAGCACCACCUCUCCUGUGGGGCAGGCGGGAGAUACACAGCCCGGCAGAGACCGUACUCGCCAUGCUAAGUGCAGGGAGAAGCCACAGUGUGAGCAGCUUCUGUCCGGUUCCCUGCCUGUCCCCCUCACUGUGCUUCUGCCUGUCCGGGGCAGUUUUCCCUCUAUGCAGCCAUUCUCGGAUCUUGCUGGACAAGCCGGACAUUUGAAGGAUUACUUGGAAGGUGUUUGCGUACAUGCGGGGCGGGGGCUGGGGGGAGGUAAAGCAGGCAUGAUCUGUGGGUGAAAUGAAGGCUGGCAUUAGCACCAGGGAAGGAAAGUGGUCUUAGCAAUCAAAGCCACCCAAUGCUGGGCAGUCACAGGGCCUAAAGAACUUCUCUGUGGAGAGUGAGCGCUCUGGUCCUUCCAACUCAUAAAUUCUCAGGGCUGGGCUGGGUUAGUGAUAGCUUUGUCUAUCCUGCAUCUCAGAUGUCAUCUCACAGUUCUUAGGAAGGCCAAUGAUCCUCCUGUAGUAAGGGUAAGUCAGAGAAAAUGGGUCAGGCCCUGGUCUUUAGGCAAACUCCAAACCAAACCAAACAAAACACCAACAACAAAGCUAGACAACACCUCAUCUGAGUUCAGUGGAUUUUUUCCAGGAAAAUGAGCUGUUCCUGGGAGUUCAGUCCCCUUUAGAAGAUUACAGACUUUUAGAUUGGGGUCAAUUAACCACUUUGUUUAGAAGGCCAACCUUGCAAAGGCCCUGGUUCCUCCUUCCAUCCCCUGCACAGCCUCCCGCACACACAGUGUAGGCAGUGCGGCCUUGGGCUCCCCAGUGAUUACCAGGGACAGAUGCCUGUCCCUGCAGAUGGUGCUCUAUCUGCCACCUCCUUCUCGGGCCUCUCCACAUUCCCUUCAUUAGCUGUGAUGUAGAACUGAAAUUUAUAUUUCAAUAUUGAUUUUCCUCUGGUGUGCCAGAUGGCCACAUCCUGAGCUCUGAAUGAAAACUUAGGUAAAUUAAAGCUACUGUGUAGCCUUUCUAAACAAACGCCAACAAAGCCCUAAAUGAAAAGCUGUGCUGUUUCGCUUUCAGAGGGGGGGCGGGGGAGGGGGACACCUUCCUUUUGAGCCCCUAUUGAGUCUCUUUCCCUUUACCUCUCAGGGCCGGCUGGGAAUAUGCUAUCUGGCCACUAGAGGGAGCAGUUCCCCGCUCGUAGCCAUGCUCAGACUAGCAAGAAGCCAUGGGAGCUUGUCAGCCCAGGGUUUCUUUUUCUUUCUCCUUCCCUCCUUGCCUUUAGCAUGCAUCAUCUAUUUGUUUUCUAAGCAUUUACACCCAACCUUCUAUAUUUUAAAAGGUGGCUUCUAAAUGGAUGAGAAACGGGAGAUGCUGGAUUAAUUUGUUGUGUGGUAUGGAGAAAUCUAGAUAUUGCUAGCACCUGCCCAAGAUAGCCUCUUUUUAUUAAUAGCUGUCUUAGCGUUGACACUAUAGAGUUUUCCUAUAUAAAUAUAAGGAAUGAAACAAGACAAUAUCACUACAGGGUGAAUGAUCUGUCAGCCUUUGCCAGAUCCUUGCCAGAUAAAACAAUUUGCCCGUAGCUUAGAUGUUUUAGAAGAAAAGUGGCUGAUGCCCUGAGUUUAGAGAGGCAACAGCUAGGGUAAGAGGGAUCUGAAAAGAUGUUUUAAAAACCCCUGAAGAGAAGGCCUUUAUUUCAACAGAUCACUGGGAGGUGGUAAAAGCUCUACCUUUGGAAUAAAAGAAUAACUAUACAGUUGGAAGGUGAUAGAGAAGGAUUUCAACUAAGUUCAGAGUGGGAGGAAACAUCAGAAUACAAAGGAACCCUGGACUAGCGAGUUAGCUCAGUCAGGAAAGCACUGAAGAACUGAGUUCGAGUCUCAGAACCCACAUGCAAAAAGCCAGGUGUGGUGGUACUCACUUGUAAUCCCAGCACUAGGGAGGCAGAGACAGGAGCAUCCCUGGGGGUCACUAGCUGGCCAGCCCAGCCCACUUGGCAAGUUCCAGGCCAGUGAGAAGCCAACAGCUGUCCUCUGACCUCCACAUAAACACACAGAUAUGCAUGUGUGUGUAAGCCAUUCCACAAGCCACCAAAACCACAGAGAAAACGUGGGUGACAGUCAAGCUGGUGUCUGUCGGAAGACUAAUGCCCACAGGCAACAUUCACGUGGGGUUUUUCAAUCCUGAUAAAGAGGACAGCCUGUUGGAGACAGUGUGAGGAACUUCUGAGGUGGCUUAUCUGCAGAAGAGACACCCUGAGAGCCCUCUCAGGAGUCGGAGGGAAGAAAGCUCAGUGAAACGGGUUGCUCUUACUACAGAACUUUCUGCAAGCUGGAACCUUCUACGGUGCAGGGAUGCUGGAGAGAGCAACUCUCCAUGGAAGUGGCAGGGGCGGCAGGAAGGCAGUGGGUCAGGACGGGGGAGGGGCAAACGGAACAGCUCCCAGAGACUCAUGCACAGUGUUCCUAACUGCUACCUUGUCGCAUUUGAAACCCCUCAGUGCCUCUUCCUGUAAGUUGUGUGUGUUCCCUCAUGUGGCAGCCACUGGCAACCUGGGCAGCGCCAUCUCCAUGUGACUGCUUCACAGAGAGGCAAACAGACAUGGGGGCAGCUAACUGCCUCCUUGGGGUUGCAACACUCCACCCGGCAGCCCUGACUAGCCUAGCCUGGGCUAUUUGUCUCCAAUCUCUUUUAUAGGAAUGCCUAGCCUUCCUGAGGGACUCCUUGCUGACCAAGCUUCCUACCCCACACCAUCCUUGAUAUUCCGAAUCCUUGUUCUGUUGGGAUAUUUACGGUGCUGUGGAAAGUGGCCCCAAGAAUAUGGAAACUCCCAGCCUCGUCAGAUGACGAGCCUCCGGCCUCAGUGAGCUCCAUUCUGUUACACCAACUCCGACCUUCUGGGGCCCCCCAGCCCCCACCAUCCAUCCAACAUAAGGAUAUACUUUACUAUAACUUAUUAUUUUGUUCUCUGUAAAUACAAGAUGUUUAUAGGAAAUAUGUAUUCUGAACUAUAUCUGCAGAGUGGACUGCAACACCAGAAUAGUUCUGUUAUUUAGAAUAUAUUCAUUGUAAAGGGACCUAGUAGGUAUUUAUUUACAUAUGCCAUCCACAUUUACAUAAAAUUGUUUGAUUGGCCAAGCCAGCUUCCUGUUACAUUGCUACACCACAGUGUCUUAUUCUAAGUCAAUCCUUACAGUUGUUUAUAUAGUGAUUGACCAGACAUUUUGAGGGUUGAAAAUCAAAUAUAAUUAACUCUGCUUUUGACGUAUUCAGGGGCUCUCCCCCCUGGUAUUGUGCCUGACUAAGCCUGCCACCUUUCUGUCUUAAUUAUUAUAUUUUCUCAGAUAAUCCACCCUCUCCUCACACCCAAACACUUGGAGAAGGGAAGGUGACUGGUUUUUCUCGUCCCUUCUUAGUGUGGCCUGCCGUUAGCUUCAUCUGCCUCACUGCUCAUGUCAGAGCUGUGGAUGGCUUGGGUUGAGAGGCUGGGAGAGGCUUGGGGACACACAGCAGUGUUCUCAGCUCUGAUAAUGACCCCAGGGUCCCUGCUGGGGACUGUGGGGGCCUGUGAACUGCAGAACUAGAACUGAGAAACCCCUGAGGACACCACCAGUUCCAUGUCUCCUCUGCAGGCUUAAGUUAUUAUGGAUGGGGGAGGCGAGCAGACAGUGAAUUAUAUGAGCAAAUGUGGGCUGAUUUCCAGCACUAUUUUGUGUACAACUAAUUUAUUUUGAUUGUAAAAAUAAAAUAAAGUGGUUAAAUGAC